UGUGUAGGGAAGGGGGGAUUGUAAGAAGGAUGGUCUUAUAUUGUUGUGUACUGUAUAUAAAGCUGUACCCCAACAGGGUUUCGCAACCUUUGAUGUUACUAUUGUAUUUUUCAGUACAAUCAGUGUGCCCGCCGGUUUGCCUUGACUCUAUAUUAAGUUAUUUAGCAUGUUCAUCAUGAUUACCAUUCUGUCGAACUGCUUUUUUAUGACGAUGAGCGACCCACCGUCAUGGAGUAAAACUGUUGAGUAUGUUUUUACUGGUAUUUAUACCUUUGAGGCCUCAUGCAAAGUGUUGUCAAGAGGCUUUGUUGUCGGCCCUUUUACAUUCCUUCGAGAUCCAUGGAAUUGGCUGGAUUUCAUGGUGAUCAGCAUGGCGUACGUCACAGAGUUUGUUGAUCUAGGCAACGUGUCAGCCCUUAGGACGUUCCGUGUACUCCGAGCCCUUAAAACAAUCACUGUGAUUCCUGGAUUAAAAACCAUCGUGGGCGCCCUGGUCCAGUCUGUAAAGAAAAUGGUAGACGUGAUGAUCCUCACUGUGUUCGCCCUGGCCGUGUUUGCGCUCAUCGGCCUGCAACUCUUCAUGGGAAAUUUGCGCAACAAGUGUGUCCGAUGGCCCAUCCUCAACUCAACGGUGUUCGACGAUUACAACUCCACCUUGUCGCUUGACGCCACCAUGGGUUUUGGCGAAACAGCAAAUUCCACCGUUCCUGUCGAUUUCAAGGAGUACAUCAGCAAUAUAGAGAACCACUACUAUUUGGAAGGUAGUCUGGAUGCUCUUCUCUGCGGAAACAGCUCUGAUGCUGGGAAGUGCCCAGAAGGAUUCACGUGCAUAAAGGCUGGGCGAAACCCCAACUACGGCUACACCAGCUACGACUCCUUCGGCUGGGCCUUCUUGUCCCUCUUCAGACUCAUGACGCAGGACUACUGGGAGAACCUGUUCCAACUGACACUUCGAGCAGCGGGGAAGACGUACAUGAUCUUCUUUGUGCUGGUCAUCUUCCUGGGUUCCUUCUACCUCAUCAACCUCAUCCUGGCCGUGGUUGCCAUGGCCUACGAUGAGCAGAAUGAGGCCACUCUGAAAGAGGCGCAGGAUAAGGAGGAGGAGUUUCAGAGGCUUCUGGAGCAAUACAGGAUCCAAGCCCAGGAGCAAGCUGAUGCUGCUGCUGGAAGUCAGGCGACCCUGACAAGUCGGAAAGAGCUUAGUCAUCACUCUGGGUCAUACGGGGGCUCUGCGGAUGACGAGCAGAGCCUCGGAGAUGAUGUUAUCAAGGACUGUAAUGGGAGAAUCGUGCCCCGUCUGGCCAUCGUUCCAGUGUCCUCUGAGUCGGAGUCGGUUCCAGAGGACGAGCUCAAAGAGGACAGCAUGCUCCAUCUGGAGCAGCCAGGCCUGAAGAACAGAUCGGCGAGUGCUGUUAGUGUUCUCACCACCGUCAUGGAGGAGCUGGAAGACGCCCAGAAGCCUUGUCCACCCGGCUGGUACAAGUUUGCCGACAUCUUCCUGAAGUGGGACUGUUGCGUGCCCUGGGUAUGGUUGAAGAAGUGGUUGCUCUUUAUUGUGAUGGACCCCUUCGUGGACCUAGGCAUCACCAUCUGCAUUGUGCUCAACACCCUCUUCAUGGCCAUGGAGCACUACCCCAUGAGCCCACAGUUUGACCACAUGCUCUCCGUGGGGAACCUGGUUUUCACUGGGAUCUUCACAGCAGAGAUGGUCUUCAAGCUUUGCGCCAUGGAUCCGUACUACUACUUCCAGGUCGGCUGGAACAUUUUCGACAGUAUCAUUGUCACGUUCAGUCUGGUGGAGUUAGGUCUAGCCAAUGUCCAAGGCCUGUCCGUUCUCAGGUCUUUCCGUUUGCUGCGUGUCUUCAAACUAGCCAAGUCGUGGCCCACGCUCAACAUGCUGAUCAAGAUUAUUGGCAACUCUGUGGGCGCUCUGGGCAACCUGACCUUGGUGCUGGCCAUCAUCGUCUUCAUCUUCGCCGUGGUGGGCAUGCAGCUCUUUGGCAAGAGCUACAAGGAAUGCGUGUGUAAGAUUGCCACCGACUGCGAGUUGCCACGUUGGCACAUGCACGACUUCUUCCACUCAUUCCUCAUCGUGUUUCGCAUCCUGUGCGGGGAGUGGAUCGAGACCAUGUGGGACUGUAUGGAGGUGGCCGGAGCCGGGAUGUGCCUGGUGGUCUUCAUGAUGGUCAUGGUCAUCGGAAACCUGGUGGUGCUGAACCUCUUCCUGGCCUUGCUGCUCAGCUCAUUCAGUGGAGACAACCUGUCCAGUGAUGACGACGGUGAGAUGAACAACCUCCAGAUCGCCAUCGGCAGGAUCAACUGGGGCAUCGACUGGGUGAAAGCCUCUGUCCGCCACAUGGUCCUGCAGCUACUGGGCAAAAAGGCCACCGGGGACAAGGAAGGGGGUGAGGGGAUCGAAGGAAACCCCGAAAAGGAGACCUUUGCACUAAACCACUUAGACACGUGCCAGGAUUCCAAGAUGGCCGAUGGGAUGACCAACUGUGUGGACGGGCUUCAGGCAGACGGCGAGAUGAGCCUCAAUGUGCCCAUUGCCCAGGGGGAGACGGACUUUGAGAACGAUGAUGACUACAGUGGGUCUUUUACAUCAGAUGAAGAAAAUGGACAGGGUGAUCACUUGAAGUUGUGGGGUGCAGUGGGUGACGAGUCCUCGGUGUGCAGCACGGUGGACUAUGUACCUGAACCAGAGCCUGUGGAAGAGGAGGAAGAGGAGGAGCCAGAGCCAGAGGAACCAGAAGCUUGCUUCACUGAUGGCUGUAUCGCUCGAUGGCCGUGUCUGACAUUUGACGUCUCUCAGGGCAGAGGCAAGAAGUGGUGGAACCUCCGCAGGACCUGUUUCACCAUCGUGGAACACGACUACUUUGAGACCUUCAUAGUCUUCAUGAUCCUCCUAAGCAGUGGAGCUCUGGCUUUUGAGGAUAUUUACAUUGAGAGGAGAAGAACUAUCAAAAUCAUCCUGGAGUAUGCAGACAAAGUCUUCACCUAUGUCUUUAUCAUUGAGAUGCUCUUAAAAUGGGUGGCGUACGGCUUCAAGACCUACUUCACCAACGCUUGGUGUUGGCUGGACUUCCUAAUUGUGGAUGUUUCCUUAGUCACUUUAGGAGCUAACUGGAUGGGCUACUCUGAACUUGGACCAAUCAAGUCUCUUAGAACACUCAGGGCUCUAAGGCCACUUCGAGCCCUGUCAAGAUUUGAGGGAAUGAGGGUGGUGGUAAACGCUCUUGUCGGCGCCAUCCCCUCCAUCUUCAACGUGCUGCUGGUGUGCCUCAUCUUCUGGCUCAUCUUCAGCAUCAUGGGGGUCAACCUGUUUGCCGGAAAGUUCUACCGCUGCAUCAACACCACCACGGAGGAGCUGUUCCCCAUCACCGAGGUCAACAACAGGAGUGACUGCCUUGCCCUGCAGCACGCCACCCAGGAAGCCCGCUGGGUCAACGUCAAAGUCAACUACGACAACGUGGGCUUGGGCUACCUCUCUCUGCUGCAAGUGGCCACAUUUAAAGGCUGGAUGGACAUCAUGUAUGCUGCCGUGGACUCUCGAGAAGUGGAGGAGCAGCCCUCGUAUGAGAUCAACCUCUACAUGUACAUCUACUUUGUCAUCUUCAUCAUCUUCGGCUCCUUCUUCACCCUCAAUCUUUUCAUUGGUGUCAUUAUUGACAAUUUCAACCAGCAAAAGAAAAAGUUUGGUGAUGACAUCUUUAUGACAGAGGAGCAGAAGAAAUAUCAUGAAGCCAUGAAGAAACUUGGCUCGAAGAAGCCAGUGAAGCCUAUCCCAAGGCCUACGAACAUGAUUCAAGGCGCUGUGUUUGACUUCAUCACUCAGCAGUUCUUUGACAUCUUCAUCAUGGUCCUCAUCUGCCUCAACAUGGUCACCAUGAUGGUGGAGACGGACGACCAAAGCGCGGAGAAGGAAAAUGUCCUUUACAAAAUCAACCUGGCCUUCAUCGUCGUUUUCACCGGCGAGUGUCUGCUCAAGAUGUUUGCCCUUCGCCAUUACUUCUUCACCAUCGGAUGGAAUAUUUUUGAUUUUGUCGUGGUCAUCCUGUCCGUUGCGGGUAUAAUGCUGUCGGACAUCAUAGAGAAGUACUUUGUGUCACCCACCUUGUUCAGGGUCAUCAGGCUGGCUAGGAUAGGCAGGGUCCUGCGUCUCAUCAAAGGUGCCAAGGGCAUUCGGACGCUCUUAUUUGCGUUGAUGAUGUCACUCCCUGCCCUGUUCAACAUCGGCCUCCUGCUCUUCCUCAUCAUGUUCAUCUUCUCCAUAUUCGGCAUGUCCAACUUUGCCUACGUCAAAAAACAGGCAGGCAUCGACGACAUCUUCAAUUUCCAGACGUUCGGCAGCAGUAUUAUCUGCCUGUUUGAGAUCACCACCUCUGCGGGUUGGGAUGGUCUUCUGCUGCCAAUUCUAAACAGCGGUCCUCCAGACUGCGACCCAGACAUUGAGAACCCGGGCUCGGACGUUCGGGGCAACUGCGGCAACCCAGGCAUGGGUAUCAUGUUCUUUUGCAGUUACAUCAUCAUGUCCUUCCUGGUGGUGGUUAACAUGUACAUUGCCAUCAUCCUGGAGAACUUCAACACGGCCCAAGAGGAGAGCGGGGACCUGCUGUGCGAGGAUGACUUUGUGAUGUUCGACGAGACCUGGGAGAAGUUCGACCUGGAGGGCACGCAGUUCAUCGAAUAUGCCAAGCUGUCAGAGUUUUGUGACACCCUGCAGGAACCCCUGCGUAUCGCCAAGCCCAACCGGAUCAAGCUGAUCUCGAUGGACCUGCCCCUGGUCACGGGCGAUAAGAUUCACUGCCUGGACAUCCUGCUGGCCGUCACCCAGGAGGUGCUGGGCGAAGGGGUGGAGAUGACGGCCAUGAAGGUGAGCAUCGAGGCCAAGUUCAACAUGAACAACCCCACGACCGACUCCUACGAGCCCAUCACCACCACGCUGCGGCGCAAGGAGGAGGAGGCAGCAGCCGUGAUCAUCCAGCGGGCUUACCGCAAGCACCUUCUCAAGCGCUCCAUCCUGCAUGCCUCCUUCAUGCGCCGCUCCAAGAGGCAGAUAAGGCGGGAGGAGAACGAGGAGCCCCCGGAGACGGAGGGACUUCUGGUGCGAAAGAUGAACGUGCUCUAUGGGAGCGACCUGGACCUUGCCGCAGAGAUGGAAUUGGCUGGGUUGCGAGCGCAACCCAUAUCGGCCCCUCUGGUGUCCAAUAGGUCAUCGGACCUCCCCAAGCAAACUCAGACCACCAGGCCGGAGCCUGGCAGACCACUCCUCUUGGUGGUCCCCGUUGAGGUCACCAGUGAGGUGGUGUUACACUCAGCCCCUGUGACGUCUGAUCCGCCAUUGGACCUCCCCGAGCAAACACAACCCACAGGGCUGGAACCUACCUGGCCGGAGCCUGCUGGGCCAAACCUCUUGGUGGUCCCCAUAGAGGUCACCCCCUAUUUGUGUAGCCGUGAGUCAAUAGACAGCCUGCGAGAGUCGAUUGUAUAACAAAAAGCACUUGAGGGAAUUCACCAUGGUCUUCCUAUUGUAUUUUUCACAGAUUUGGCGAGUAAUUUUAUGUGUUGGGAGUGUCGCCAAUAUAGUUGACGCUUCCACAUAGCACUACUAUGAAGUGAUUACAAGUAGCUGAUGGUUUAGGUAUAAUAAUUAAAGUCAAGUUUAUUGAUCGUAAUAGGGGGUCUCGUUUUCUAUUUUUGUAAGGCCAUUUCUAGAAUUGAUCUAUAUUUGACCACUGGACUGUUAGAUAACUCUGUAUUCUAUUUUAUACCUACAAACAAUUCACAAUCUCACAAAAUAUAAAAUGUGUGAUAAUUAGUAUCCAUACAUAUCCCAUAGGAAUUGGGCAUGUUUUUGACAGUGAACAUUACCCACAUCUAAUUGUUUUGAAGGAAUGCCUAAAUGCCUUUAUUGCCAUAAAAACAUUUCAUACUCAGAUCAUGCCUUAUUUUGACAUUUUGGAAUCACCUUAUUUUGGGGGGGAAAUCACCCAGAUUCACCUGUGCCUACUCCAGUAUGCCAAAGUGGAUCAAUUUUUUUUAUUUUUUAUUUUUUAACAAAUGAAUUAAAAAUGAAAAGCUGAAAUGUCUUCAGUCAAUAAGUAACUUAUUAAUUAUGGCAAGCCUAAAUACGUUCAGGAGUAAAAAUCUGUCAAAAGUCAUAAAAUAUGUUGCAUGGACUGUGUGCAAUAAUAGUUUAACAGGAUUUUUUGGGAUGACUACCCCAUCUCUGUACCCCACACAUACAAUUAUCUGUAAGGUCCCUCAGUCGAGCAGUGAAUUUCAAAC